AUGUUUGAUGCGGACGCUCCCAUCUUGAACGAGACCUCACCCAACGCUGCUUCAGCCUCGCCGGACACCUCCUCCACCGUCGUCCUCUCCAGCGCCGUCCACCUCCUCGACCGCCUUCCUUCCCUCGAAUUGCAAUUCAAAUACUCUCCAUUUAUUCAACCUAACAUUGACAUCGAAGGAAACAGAACACAAAGAAUAUCAUACUUCCAAGAUUCGGCUUUUGAUACAACACAAGCUCUUAGUGUUUCCCAAGUUUUGGGUGUUUGGCAGUGUGCAAACUCUGUAGCAUACUUACAAGAUUCUCCUCCAAAUAGUGUUGUUCAAGAAGUUAUACGGGUUGAUGGUGUAGAAAAGUUAUUAGUAAGAGAGAAAGAGCAUUUGGUAUUACUCCGAAAAAACUUGUGGAGUUCAAUAAAAGAAACAGAAGAUGGAGAAAAAACUUGCUGUGAGCAUCUGUUUCAGACGAUGAUUUAA